GCCAUGAAAUUGAGUUUACUUGUCAUAGACCUUUUGGUAUAGAAAAUCCUUUCCUUUCCUUAAAAAAUUUGAAUCUUAACGAAAAGAUUUCUUUGAGAAUAUUUCCCAUUGUUUUCCAAACAAGGAUAAUCUAUCGAAAUGAGUCUUAAAACAGAAGAAUCCGAGGAAGAACUUUCCAUCCCCGAAGAAGAAGAAGAAGAGGAGAAAAUCGAUAUUGGCCUCUACAUUGGUGGUCGCAAUAGCCAAGGUGAAAGAGAUGGCAAAGGCUGGGCCAUACUGCCCAAUGGUGAUCAAUACGAUGGACAAUACAAACGCGGCAAGAGACAUGGAUUUGGUUUGUAUGUCUUUCCGAAUGGGGCACGUUACUAUGGCCAAUAUCGAUGUGGCCACCGUUCUGGCCGUGGCAUAUUCAUAUAUCCCGAUGGCAGUUACUAUGAAGGCUGUUGGCGAAAAAAUCUCAAACAUGGCAAGGGUCGUUACUGUUAUGCUAACGGUGAUUGCUAUUGUGGCAGUUGGUAUCAUGGCUUGCGUCAUGGCAUAGGCAUUUAUACCAUGAACAACGCAUCAUCUGGCCCUUCCUGUGGUGUAGCCAAUUUUAAAGGCACCUGGCGUCAAGGGGUGCGUGUGGGACCCUUUCAACUUUCAUUUGGUCACGAAUACAAAUGUACCACGCUUCAUGGAACCUGGGAUAAUAAAUAUCCUCAAGGACCUGCAGUAUUUAGUUUCGAUGAACGUCUACUUCUCAUGGGCUACUUUCAAUCUGCUAGCCGUGCUAAGAGUUCGGCUUUAGAAGAGACUGUUGACGAAGAAAACUCUAGAGAAACCUUAGAUCUAUGGUCAAAUGGUGAACCCUCAAUGUGGUAUGCCCAAAAGAUGUGCCGUUAUGAUUAUGCCCUAUUGCCCCAAGAACCAGUACCUUUACCUGUAUCCGAUUCGGAUAUCUCUGUGUGUUCUUUAACUCGCACUACCAGUGAGCUGACCAUGGUGAAAGAGCCAAUUUGUGCCGUUGAAGGUGAAGAAGAGGCCACCGCACUUUUGGAGUGUCUUGAAUGUGAAUGCGAAAACUCAAUCAGUGAAGUGGCAUCAUCCACCGAGAUAUGUGUACCAGCACGCGGGGAUCAAUGUGCCAUAGAGAUAUCAAAUCAGAUAUAAUAAGGGAAAACUUUUGAUAUACAUAA